AUGCCGAUUCCUCAAAUAUUUAGCUGCAAUCGAAAAAGAACUCUCACACCUGUACAAGGUUUAUCGACGCAGGCGAACGUUCUAACGGCUGGGGAGGUUAAACGGUUGGGGAGGGCUGCCUGUUAUCAGGUUUCAAGUCGGGCGGUUUCCGUCAAGCGGCUCAACACUUUGCCUAGAUUGAGUGGAUGUAUUGAUAAUGCAAAUCCCGAUGGGUUAAGGCAAAAGUUUUAUCAGAUGCUUUUAUCAGAUAUUUUUCCUAGUACUAUAACUGGAGCAAAUGAUUUGCAGAAUGCAUUUACAUCAGCUUACAAUGGGAAAGAUAUCAGAGCACUAGGAAAACCCCACUUUGAUUAUAGGCAAAAUUGCAAAGAAGAUGGGUUUAUUCCUCAACCUGAGGGAAUAAAUUUCCUGCUUGAUAAA